CUCUGGGUCUGUAAUGUGACUGAUUUCCAGGGAAAGAAUAUCUAUUCGCUGAUCAUGAAGGAGAAGGAGGUGUGUCGUCAUAUUGCCAGUAAAAGUCAGGGGACAGCCCUCCCCCCAGGUCGGAUAGCGGCGCCCUCCGAACCUGAGCCCGAGUCCCUCCUCUUCUCAGGACACAUCUAUGAGGCUGUGAAUGACUUAAUACCCCAGCCACCCAGCAUAGGCAAUGUCACACGACCUGGCUUUAAGGAGAAUUCCUUGUCUGGAAACCCGGGUAAGCCCCCUCGAAUCUCUACCACUAACAACUGUGACGCACAUUCUCCAAAGCCACCAUCCUUGUCAGUGGUGGGUCAGCCUACAACCUCGUCAGGCAAAAGUGGGGAUGUGAAGUCACAAUCAUCUUCACAUCUACCCACCAUGUCUGCCACCAAGUCCUUGCCCACCAACCCUGCCUCCACCUUUCCCUCCACCGAUAUGCAAUCACUUUCCAAUUACCAGCAACACACUCAUCCUGAGAGCAGUAUUUAUUCGGAGGCAAUAAUCCCUACAGAAGCUUGGAAGGGAUGGGAUGACGACGAAACCAUGCCAGGAACUCCAGAAGAACGUGGCCUUCUGAAGUGGAAUGCUCACCUACAGAACCCAGAGAAUGAAGAGGAAGCCAAGGUGCAGAGUCAACAGUUAAACUGUUACAAUCUUCCUUUCGGCAUGGAUGCCAUCAAGAA